AUGUCUCUCCUAGGGACAACUCUGGCCCUGAGGAUCGAGAAGCUGGAGCUCAUCACAGACGCUCCAAUACCGAGCCAAUGGCCGCCAUUGAACGUCGUCAAACACAUGAAGAACCUCCGAAUUUUGACCCUCCAAGAGGCGUCUCCAUUCGCAGGUGAGCGGCAGCAACAGCAAUUUGUCGCCGCUAUAGCUAGCUGUUGUCCGAAGCUCGAGGAGAUUGAGGUUGACCUGCCACCAGAGGCUUUGGGUGAUGAGUUUGGUCUGCAGGGAAUACGAAAAGUCAGAUGGACGUACUCUUCUGAUAUCAAUUCACUGAGCAUCCCAUUCUCCGACAGAGCCUGCCGGUGUCUCCUUCUGGCAUCCCAAACGACGCUGACGCACAUAUGUUUCCCUGGAGACAUCGACGAUUUCGAGGCGGAACACAUCAUCUCCUUCAGCACCCUCCAUUUCCCCGCUCUCCAAUCACUCGUUUUGGGAACUUGGAUAGACGUGGACUCACCCGAGAUCCCUACGGCCCUCACCCGGUUCCUUGUUGCCCACCCCACCCUCACCGAGGUCUGCUUGGGGUACAGCGCCGACGACGAAUACCGCAUCGAGCUCGAUCCGAGUGUCCUCCACGCAGCCACCACCCCAAUUCUUCCUGCUCUCCAGCGUCUGAAGGGCCACCCGGCAUCGAUUCGCGACAUCGUUGCUCGCUCGCUAACGACACUGGAGCUGGGGUCUGGCCAGGACCCAAACGUGCGAUUCGAUUUUGCCGACCUGUUCGACGUCCUCCGGGGCAUGGGCAGCCUGCCCAACGUGAAGAAGCUGGGGUACUGCGCGGGUGUGUCGGCAGAGGAUGACAUGGACCUCUUCUCCAUGUGCAUGGAUGCCCUCUCUACUCUAUGCCCGCAGGUAGAAGUGUGGGUGGGCGACCUGCCGCGGAUUGGAACGACGCUCUGGUCACUUGUGGAAGUGCUGUCCAAGUUCGCAAAUCUGCGCAUGGUAUUCGUUAGGUUGUGGGAUGUCCCAGCACCGCAUAAUUUGUCGGUGCUUGAUGGAGCCAGGGCAUUGGCAGACCAAUGUCCACAUCUCGAACGGUUCGUGUCGAAGAACGAAAGCGGCGAAGGGGUGCUGGUCAUACGUAUUUUGCGGAAUGAAGACGGGCGCAUGACGUCGACCACUCUGAGGGAGGAGGAUAUUACUUUCGAGGAAAUAUCAGCAUGA